GGCUAGCUGGCUCGCGCGGCGGCCAGUUCGCACGCGCACCUCGACCACCCAAGCCCUGACGUGAACGCCUCUUCCAUCACACAUGCCUCCUGUCCAGUCACACACACAAAGCUCCCUCGCUCCCUCUCGUCAGCGCGCACGCACGGCGCCGCCUCGGUUUAUAUAGCAAUCAACGCGUACGUGCGCGUGAGGGUGGGAUUUUUUAGUUAGCUCGUUGAUAAGGAGAAGAAGAACGAAGCUUGUGGGAAAUUAAUAAAGGUCGGUUUGGUCUGUCUGUCGAUCAGAUCGGAACGAUCGCCAUGACGCUCACGAGGCACGAAGCGGAGGAGAGCAAGGAGAUGGAGGGCCUCCGGGCGCACGCCGUGGCGCUGCUCUCGCUGUCGUCGUCGCCGGAGUCGUCGGCGGCGGCGUCGGCGGGCGGCGGCGACAGCAGGGCGCCGGCGGCGUCGGCCGCGAGCAGGAGGGCCAUGGCGGCGGAGGGCGUGUUCGAGUGCAAGACGUGCAGCAAGCGCUUCCCGUCGUUCCAGGCGCUCGGCGGGCACCGGACCAGCCACACGCGGCUGCAGGCGCGGAUGCUCAGCGACGCGGCGGGCGGCGCGGGGGCCGCCGAGAGGGACCGGGCGCGGGUGCACGAGUGCGCUGUCUGCGGGCUCGAGUUCUCCAUGGGCCAGGCGCUCGGCGGCCACAUGCGCCGGCACAGGGGCGAGGCGCCGCAGGCCGCGCACGACGACGGCGCCGCGCAGCCGGACCACGCCAUGCCGGACCUCAACUUCCCGCCGCUGGAGGACGGCGGCGGCGGCGGCGGUGGCCAAGAUCAACAACGAUCCGGCGAUCACAGCUCGGAGCCUCAGCUGCUCAACCUGCUUGUAUAGCGUGGCGUGCACAGCGUCUAUGUGCAUGGUGAUUCUAUGGUGUACAUGAGUGGUUGUUACCAAAUUUUCGGAGCCUGAACAUGACAUGAAAUUCUCCAUUAACUGUAGCUUCGUUUCUUAGGUUCUGUUUCAUUAGUUAGUUUUCCUUUGUAAAUCUAUUUAUCGAUUGUAAUUCAUUUAUUGCCCUAAAAAAAGAUUGUAAUUCAUUUAUUGUAAUUAAAAUUGUCAAUAUCUUUCUUGUCUGACAGCUUG